GCGGCGCGGCGCGGCGCGGCGCGGCGGCACCAUGGCUUGUGGAGUUACGGCGGUGACGGCUGGAAGGAGCUGAGCGGCCCCCCCGCGCCGCCCCCGGCUCGGCGCUGGCUGCCCGGCGAGAGGCGAGAGCGGCCGCCGGAGUCAAGGCUCGCACUCUGCAUGUCUGCGGCACCCGGAAAGUCGGAUGUGUAUGGCCUUCUCUCCCUCCUCCUCCUUCUCCUCCAUGGCAGUCGUGCUACUCCGGCUUUUCGGCCUCUCCGGGAGCGCUCCGUGGCCGGCGGGCAGCUGCGCACGUCGCGAUCGCCGUAGCGAGGCAAGGCGCGGCGGCGCCGGCGGCUGGCUCCUGUAAUCGGCGCCCCCAGCCCUGCCAUGUACCCCCAGGGCCGGCACCCGGCUCCGCACCAGCCGGGCCAGCCGGGCUUCAAAUUCACUGUGGCCGAGUCCUGCGACAGGAUCAAGGACGAGUUCCAGUUCCUGCAGGCGCAGUACCACAGUCUUAAAGUGGAAUACGAUAAGCUUGCUAACGAAAAGACAGAAAUGCAGCGCCAUUAUGUUAUGUACUAUGAAAUGUCAUAUGGUUUGAAUAUUGAAAUGCACAAACAGACAGAAAUUGCUAAAAGACUGAAUACAAUUUUAGCUCAGAUCAUGCCUUUUCUGUCACAAGAGCACCAACAGCAAGUCGCACAGGCUGUUGAACGUGCCAAGCAAGUGACCAUGACGGAGUUGAAUGCUAUCAUCGGGGUACGUGGACUUCCCAAUCUGCCUCUCACCCAGCAGCAGCUCCAGGCCCAGCACCUCUCCCACGCCGCGCACGGCCCCCCGGUCCAGCUGCCGCCGCACCCCUCGGGCCUCCAGCCGCCGGGCAUCCCGCCGGUCACCGGCAGCAGCUCGGGGCUGCUGGCCCUCGGCGCCCUGGGCAGCCAGGCGCACCUCGCCGUCAAGGACGAGAAGAACCACCACGACCUGGACCACCGAGAGCGAGACUCGAGUGCAAAUAAUUCUGUCUCGCCCUCGGAAAGCCUGAGAGCCAGUGAGAAGCACCGGAGCUCCACGGACUACAGCAUCGACUCCAAAAAGCGGAAAGCGGAGGAGAAGGACAGCAUGAGCCGAUAUGACAGCGACGGCGACAAAAGCGACGACCUGGUCGUGGACGUGUCCAACGAGGACCCCGCCACCCCUCGCGUCAGCCCGGCCCACUCCCCGCCGGAGAACGGCAUCGACAAAACCCGCGGGCUGAAGAAAGGCGAGGCGCCGACCAGCCCGGCCUCGGUCGCCUCGUCCAGCAGCACUCCCUCCUCCAAGACUAAAGACUUGGGCCACAACGACAAAUCGUCGACGCCUGGGCUCAAGUCGAACACUCCCACGCCGAGGAACGACGCCCCGACCCCGGGGACGAGUACAACCCCCGGCCUCCGGCCGAUGCCUGGAAAGCCAACAGGCAUGGACCCGCUGGCCUCGGCCCUGAGGACGCCCAUCUCCAUCGGGGGCUCGUACGCGGCCCCCUUCGCCAUGAUGGGGCACCACGAGAUGAACGGCUCCCUGACCAGCCCCGGCGCCUACGCCGGGCUCCACAACAUCCCUCCGCAGAUGAGCGCUGCCGCCGCUGCCGCUGCUGCCUACGGCCGGUCGCCAAUGGUGAGCUUUGGAGCUGUUGGUUUCGACCCGCACCCGCCCAUGAGGGCCCCCGGACUGCCCACCAGCCUGGCCUCCAUCCCCGGAGGAAAGCCAGCCUACUCGUUCCACGUGAGCGCCGACGGGCAGAUGCAGCCGGUGCCUUUUCCCCACGACGCCCUCGCGGGCCCCGGCAUCCCCCGGCACGCCCGCCAGAUCAACACGCUGAGCCACGGCGAGGUGGUGUGCGCCGUGACCAUCAGCAAUCCCACCAGGCACGUCUACACCGGGGGCAAAGGCUGCGUGAAGAUCUGGGACAUCAGCCAGCCGGGCAGCAAGAGCCCCAUCUCGCAGCUGGACUGCCUGAACAGGGAUAACUACAUCCGCUCCUGCAAGCUCCUGCCCGACGGCCGCACGCUGAUCGUGGGAGGGGAGGCCAGCACGCUCACCAUCUGGGACCUGGCGUCCCCCACGCCCCGCAUCAAGGCCGAGCUGACCUCCUCCGCCCCGGCCUGCUACGCCCUGGCCAUCAGCCCCGAUGCCAAGGUCUGCUUCUCCUGCUGCAGCGACGGCAACAUCGCCGUGUGGGAUCUGCACAACCAAACGCUCGUCAGGCAAUUCCAAGGCCACACGGAUGGUGCCAGCUGCAUAGAUAUCUCACACGAUGGUACGAAGCUGUGGACGGGUGGUCUGGACAACACGGUGCGUUCCUGGGACCUACGGGAAGGCAGGCAGCUGCAGCAGCAUGACUUCACGUCCCAGAUCUUCUCGCUGGGAUACUGCCCGACGGGCGAGUGGCUGGCGGUGGGGAUGGAGAGCAGCAACGUGGAGGUGCUGCACCACACUAAGCCCGACAAAUACCAGCUGCACCUCCACGAGAGCUGCGUCCUUUCGCUGAAGUUUGCCUACUGCGGGAAAUGGUUUGUGAGCACCGGGAAAGACAACCUCCUCAACGCCUGGAGGACGCCCUACGGGGCGAGCAUAUUCCAGUCAAAGGAAUCUUCGUCUGUCUUAAGCUGUGACAUUUCGGCAGAUGACAAAUACAUCGUAACUGGCUCCGGGGACAAGAAGGCCACAGUCUACGAGGUCAUCUAUUAACUGUGGAUUUUAACGGGGCUGCCGGCUCCAGCAGGACUCUGGCGGACGGACAGACGGACGGACGGGAGCGGCCGCGCGGCCGGGGACGGUCCUGCCAGCCGCGCCGGUCCCCGGGCUCGGCCAGGCGCGCGCGGACCGAGGCGGCUCGGCGGCGUUUCGCGUUGGAGGCCUGGCUAGAAAACGUACGGAUUCAUUUGGAGGUCUGCAAAUAUGGCACACAUUGAAGCCCUAAACAAAAUUUUUGUUUUGGUUUUUAGGGUUUUGGUUUCUUUUUUUUAUUUUUUUAUUUUUUUAUUUUUUUUUGGUUUUCUGGUUCUUUCCGUCUGCGCUUUGGUGGCACUAUACAGGACUUAUUUUUUAUUGUGACUUUUUUUUGGUGCAUUCUGCAUAAGACUUGUGAAAAAUGUAAAUAACGGACUAGUAAAUAGAAUCGGAAGGGUGGGGGCCCCCUCCUGGUACACUAGUUGUGUAUUUUUCGUCUGCUGUAAUUGUAUUCCACUGAUGGUUUUGGUGGUGGCAAUUUUUUUUUUCCUUUCCCCCGAAGCGCCCGCUCGGGUCGCUCCUCUGACACGCAGCUUGUAACCAGACUGAGCAAAGGUGUCCACUGGUGAAAGUUGUUCCUACUGUUGUACACGUGAGUUGUUCAGUGUGUUAGUCAUGUUUGAACACUGUAUGGACCGAAGCGAAGCCGGUUGGGUCUCCAGCUGCUGACGGGACAUCAGCAAAACAAUCAAGUUUUUAUAUGGAUUUUUGUGCUCGUUCGUUUGAAGAAAACAGGAGGUCCCUGUUUAGGAAACCUCUGCUCAAGCCCUUCUUGCUCUUCGGACAUAAACGAUGAGGAAUGAUUUCAAAGAAAGCAUAGUAAAUUCAGCUCAGGGAGCCACGAAAGAUAAUAGCAACUUAUGUGUUUUGUAUUCAAAUGAAAGUAAAGAAUUAGAAUUGAUAACCUUUAAAAUACAAUUUUUUAAAACAAAGUUUACUAACAAGUAGGGUUUGUGUGUGGUGGGGGGAAGGGGCUGGCUUUGGUAGGGUCCUGUGGCUAUAUGGUCUUGUGUCUUCUGGUAUAUAGGUUUCAAUGAAGCAAACCCCAUCCCCGCACAGGCCUGCGUUUCAGCGUUUUGUACUAAAGGGUAAAAAAGAAAUAACGGGAAAUAAAAGUAUUUGUGUAGCAGAA